AUGGCGUUGGUUGAUUCUAAUUAUUGUUUCCUGACAGUGGAUGUAGGUGCAUAUGGUCGAGAAGGAGAUAGCAAUAUAUUUAAAAGAUCUCCCCUGGGACAAUUACACAACAAUAAAUUGAAUGUACCCGGAGUUAAGAAGCUACCAAACGAAGACUACGGUCAAGAACAACCAUUCGUAAUUGUUGGUGAUGAAGCGUUUGGUCUAAACCAAAACCUAUUGAGGCUGUGUCCUAGAAAAACUUGGAUGUCCAGAAAAAAGUUUUUAAUUUGUGACUGUCAAGAGCUAGGCGUUUUGUGGAAUGCGCAUUUGGGAUACUAUCCAAUAAAUGGAGGAUGUUUCAUACCAAUUUACUAG